AUUCGGUGCGUAUAAAAUCAAAGAAUUUCGUCUUCACAGCGUCUACUGCAGACAGCCGGACUUGUGUUUGUUUGUUUGUUUACAAACGGAGUUAUGAGAAACGAGAAGCAGUUGCGACGUGUAGUGAAUUUUGUAUUGUCCAUCGUUGUGUUUAUUGCUUGGGGUUAUGUGAUAGCUACUGGUUAUUAUAUGUCAAACCGAAAUUUAAGAAAAAGUCAGCUGAUGUGUUAAAUUUCUUAUAAUAUUCAAAGUCAUGGCAUUUUCUGCUGAUGCUGCUGCCUUCCAGGUGCAGGAACGACUGAAAGCCUUAUAUCAUCUUGUGCAUGAGAUUGAAGAAGAAAGAGUAAGGAGUGAACAUAACCUUAACAACAUAUCUAAAGCACAUGACAAAAUAAAUCAAGAAGAAAAAGUUUCUCCAUAUUACCAGCAAAAAUUGAAAGGCUUAUACAAAGCGGCAGUAUCUGAUGCUGCUCAAGAAGAGGAACUUAUAAGAAAUGCCCUUAAUAAAGUGAAUGAAAUUCGGGCAAUUAGAAAUGAAAGGAGAAUUCAAGCAAGAAAUGCUGGUAACAAGGAGACAAUUCGUAGAGGGGCUCUCAUGAAAAUGUUGCAGAGUUCUGCUCAGACCUUACCACUUUGGGUGGGAAAAUUAGGGGAAAAGCCACCACCACUGUGUGGAGCAGUUCCAGCUGAACCUACAUAUAUUGCAAAGAUGGGAGAUAUGGUGGCAGCUUUAGUUAAAGGUGCUGAGGAAGGGGACAAUUGGAUUCUGGCUGAGGUUGUGCAGUUCAACCAGGCAACAAAUAAGUAUGAGGUGGAUGACAUAGAUGAAGAACAGAAGGACAGGCAUAUUCUUAGUAGGAGGCGUGUUGUUCCUCUUCCUUUGAUGAGAGCUAAUCCAGAGACAGACCCCCAUGCUCUGUUUCCUAAGGGAGCCACAGUAAUGGCAUUAUAUCCCCAGACAACUUGCUUCUACAAAGCAGUUGUGAAUCAGCUGCCAACUACUUCCACUGAAGAAUAUGAAGUUCUGUUUGAGGACUCAUCGUAUGCAGAAGGCUAUUCACCACCUCUCACUGUGGCACAACGUUAUGUUAUAUCCAUAAAGGAUAAGAAAAAUAAAAUUCAAACUUGACACACA